AAUGCUUAAGGUGUAUGUUCUGGAACAACCUUGGCUGCAUCCACUUUGCAAUGGGAAAGCACAAUUUAGGAAUUUUUUACUUCAAAAAAGCCUUGCAAGAAAACGAUAAUGCAUGUGCACAGCUAGGAACGGGUAGCUCAGAUCCAGGUAAAAAAUUUUCAGGGAGACCCAUGUGUACGCUACUGACUAACAAACGGUAUGAGUUACUCUACAAUUGUGGAAUUCAGCUCUUGCAUAUUGGGAGACCCUUAGCUGCCUUUGAAUGCCUGAUUGAGGCAGUCCAGGUUUAUCACUCAAACCCUCGUCUUUGGCUGAGAAUAGCAGAAUGCUGCAUUGCUGCCAAUAAGGGGACUUCAGAACAAGAGACUAAAGGUCUUCCCAGCAAAAAAGGAAUUGUGCAAUCUAUAGUAGGUCAAGGCUACCACCGUAAGAUAGUCCUAGCAUCCCAGUCAAUACAGAAUGUCGUUUAUAAUGAUGGGCAGUCCUCAGCAAUACCUGUAGCCAGUAUGGAAUUUGCAGCGAUUUGUCUAAGAAAUGCCUUGCUGCUGCUGCCAGAAGAUCAGCAGGAGCCAAAGCAGGAAAAUGGAUCUAAAACUAGUAAUCAGCUGGGGGGAAAUACAGAAAGCAGUGAAAGCAGUGAAGCAUGCAGCAAUAAAAGUCAUGAAGGGGAUAAAUUCAUUGCAGCUCCACCUUCUUCACCUUUGAAGAAACAGGAAUUAGAAAACUUAAGGUGCUCAAUACUUGCGUGUAGUGCUUACGUGGCUCUGGCUUUGGGUGAUAACCUUAUGGCAUUGAAUCACGCAGAUAAACUUCUUCAGCAACCAAAGCUGUCGGGGUCUCUUAAGUUUCUUGGGCAUUUGUAUGCAGCAGAAGCUCUCAUCUCUCUGGACAGAAUAUCCGACGCGAUCACUCACUUGAACCCCGAGAACGUCACUGAUGUUUCCCUUGGGAUCUCUUCAAAUGAGCAGGAUCAAGGAUCUGACAAAGGAGAAAAUGAGGCGAUGGAAUCUUCUGGCAAGCAAACCCCACAGUGUUAUCCUAGUUCGGUCACAUCUGCACGAACAAUGAUGUUGUUUAACCUUGGAAGUGCUUAUUGCUUGAGGAGUGAAUAUGAUAAAGCUCGAAAGUGUCUUCAUCAGGCUGCUUCACUGAUCCACCCCAAAGAGAUCCCUCCAGAGGCUAUUCUGCUGGCUGUAUAUCUUGAAUUACAGAAUGGUAACACCCAGCUGGCACUACAGAUCAUCAAGAGAAACCAGCUUCUUCCUUCUGUGAAAACACUUUCCGACAUGCGGAAGAAGCCUGUUUUUCAGCCGGUCCACUCAAUCCAGCCCAUUCAGAUGCCAGCUUUCACCACUGUUCAAAGGAAGUGAGAUUGCGCUUCAACCUGCUGCUGCCCUGCCCAUGAGGGCUUGGGAUUUUGUAUAUUUUUUUUAACCUAGGACAUCUGCAUACCCCAAUUGCUGGAGUGUGUUCAUUUAUGUAAAUUUUUAAUAAAACACAUGAACAAAAA